AUGGCGACUGAAACGAUCACCACGCCAGCCCUCGAGGCCACCCCCGCCGCCGACCCGGCCCCCGAUCUAUCGGAAUUAACGACUACCACCGCAGAGGAGCUGGCGUCUUUGGACCAGCACGACCAGCACGACGACUCCAACGACACCUCGUCGGAUCAGGAGCUGGGCAAGAAGCGCUCCUCGGAGGCCGCAGACCUAAAGGAUGGCGCGCCCCCGGCCAAGGUGACAAAGCGCAGAGCCGCCCGCGCCUGUGUGAGCUGUCGCGCACGCAAAGUUCGCUGCGACGUCGUUGAAGGCGCUCCCUGCGGCAACUGCAGAUGGGACAAUGUCGAGUGCAUUGUUCAGGAGAGCCGCCGACGAAAGAAAACCCUCUUGACUGCCAGCACGGCGGGGCACUUGGGUGCUGAGGCUCAAUUACGCUCCAAGGGCGCGAAUCCAGUCAACAUUCACAGCAGCGCGGAGCUGCGCCGACCCAGCAAUGCCUCGGUAGCUUCGGUCAACGGAUCAGUUGCAGCGAAUCCCGUCUCGGCGCCUGCUUUGCCCCUGGGCGCGACUCCAACGAUCGGUACCGGAGCUGCAGCUAUGACUGGAGUUGGCCCAGGACUUCUUGGGGGACUCUCGGCUCCCAGCGGCCCUUCAAAUGGGCUCGAGGGUCACGUCCCUCACAUGAUUUACCAACGUUCGGGGUACCGUCAUGACAACGCAGCGCUGCUCACCAAGCUGCAAUCGGCCGCAGCCGCAGCGUCAGCCGACAGUAAUUCUCGCCGCCUGCUGUCGAACCUCCUUGCCCAGGCCUCCCUCUUCGGCGGCAUAACCAACGGCGACGGGCGGACGAGUCAAUUCCUUGCCUCCCUGGAGGAGCCCGACCUUCACGCCCAGCUCCCAGCUUUCGUGAAACCGCUCCCCGCCAAGAUCGCCCAGGAGGAUGUUACCUACUUGCAUGCAAAGGGGGCACUUACUCUACCCGCCCUGCCACUGCAGAAUGCCCUGUUGCAGGCAUACAUCGAAUACGUUCAUCCGUACAUGCCUUUGCUUGAGCUGUACGACUUUCUGGCCGUCAUCAAUGCCCAGGAUGGGCUGGCCGGUCAGAUCAGCCUGUUUCUCUACCAGGCCGUCAUGUUCGCCGCUACCGCAUUUGUCGACAUGAAGGUCCUCCGCGAGGCCGGCUAUCCCACGCGUAAGGCCGCCAGGAAGGCCUUCUUCCAGAAGACGAGGCUGCUCUACGACUUUGACUACGAGUCGGACCGCCUCAUACUCGUCCAGGCCCUCUUGUUGAUGACGUACUGGUACGAGACCCCUGACGACCAAAAAGAUACAUGGCAUUGGAUGGGCGUCGCCAUCUCCCUGGCCCACACCAUUGGCCUGCACCGCGACCCGGCCGCAACGAGCAUGCCGGUCCAGAAGCAGAAGCUAUGGAAGCGCAUCUGGUGGUCGUGUUUCAUGCGCGACCGCUUGAUUGCCCUGGGCAUGCGCCGGCCCACCCGCAUCAAAGACGAGGACUUUGACGUACCCAUGCUGCAGGAGUCCGACUUCGAGUUGGAGAUCCUCCCCGAAGAGAACAAGAUCGUUCCCGCCGAGUGCAUGCUGCUCCGCGAUGUCUCGAUGCAGCGGGAGUUGGCUGCCUUGUGUAUCUCCAAGGCCAGGCUCUGCAUCUGCAUCAGUCACAUGCUCAAGGCGCAGUACUCCGUCCUCAUCCGCGACAAGAUGCGCCCCGAGAACACCGUCAACAGCACAAUGAUGCUGUUCCCCAACAAGAAGCUCGACAACGUCGAGAGCGUGGCCUCGGUCGACCUGGAGCUCAUGGCCUGGGCGGACACGUUGCCUGCCAUCUGCCAGUACCGCCCUCUGACGCCUCUCGAUGUCAAGAAUGGACGGUCGACGGUCGCCGUCCAGCGCACGCUGUUGCACAUGGUCUACUACACCACGAUCUCGGCGCUGCAUCGGCCACAAUUCCUGCCCUCAUCUCCCGUCCACGCGCCGACGACCUCCAGGCAGGUGCAGGAGAUGUCUCGUCUGAGGGUCCGCGACGCCGCGAUGCACGUCACCCGAAUGGCCGCUGAGCUCCACCAGCUGCGCCUGGAGCGGUACCUCCCCACCACCGGGGUCACGGUCAUCCUGCCCGCGAUGAUCAUCCAUCUUCUGGAAAUGAAGAACCCCGUGUCGCAGUCGAGAGACCGCGCCACCCGUGGCUUCCGCCAGUGCAUGCGCGUCAUGGAGAAGUUGCGCGAGAUCUAUGCUGCCGCCGACUACGCCACAGGCUUUCUGGAUGCGGCCCUGCGCAAAGCCGCCAUCGAUAUUAAUCUUCAGCAGACCGCUGCGCCCAUGACGCAGCAGAACCUCAAGCUCGCCGAGCCGACUUUCGGCGCCCAGACGCCCCCGCCCGACAACCUGCCGUACGUAACGACCGGCGAGGCCCUCUUCGCGACCAAACCGAAUCCGCAGCGUGAUUUCCUUCCACAGACCAUCAACGCUGCGGCGCUCGACCUGUCGGCUGCGAGCCCGCCGCAAACCGAGAAAGAUCACGAGUCGGCUCUGGGCGGCAUGACGCCGAGUGCGAGUGGCAGCUCCGAGGAGCCCGGACCGCUCGACCUCGAGUUCAUGCAGACUCAGGAAGAAAUCGACUGGAACGCCAUGACGGGGACGGAGUUCGACGUCGACCAGUGGUUGCAGUUUCCGCCUGAAGGUGUAAACAACUCGGACGAGGGGUUCAUGUCCAACGUCUUCGGCGAGGAGAGCAUGAACGAUGCCAUGAAUUGGGCGGCAUCGGGCAUUAAUACGAAAGAGGGUGACGGCACGGCAGAGGUUGCUACCCUUGCGUGA